CCAGCAAAGCUGUCAUUCUGCCUCUCCCCUUCUAGCCCAGGCGCGCUGCUGUCACGUGUCCCGACGGCCUUGCCUCCUCCCCUUAUUCUUCGGUUCGAGUCCGUCCCCUGCCUGGCAGCAAUCUUAUCAGCCAUGAUGCAGGAAGGCCUGGAUGACGGACCCGACUUCCUGUCCGAGGAAGACAGAGCGCCCAGGGCAGUUAACGUAGAUCUGCAGCCUGACGCUACACUUCAGGUCGAUAUAUCAGACGCACUAAGCGAGAGGGAUAAAGUGAAAUUUACUGUACAUACAAAGAGCUCAUUACCAAACUUCAAGCAGAACGAGUUUUCUGUGGUGAGGCAACAUGAAGAGUUUAUAUGGCUCCAUGACUCCUUUGUUGAAAAUGAGGAAUAUGCUGGAUAUAUUAUACCUCCUGCACCUCCCAGACCAGAUUUUGAUGCUUCCCGAGAGAAGUUGCAAAAACUUGGAGAAGGGGAAGGAUCAAUGACAAAGGAAGAGUUCACCAAAAUGAAACAGGAACUUGAGGCGGAAUAUUUGGCCAUCUUCAAAAAAACUGUAGCUAUGCAUGAAGUCUUCCUGUGCCGUGUGGCAGCUCACCCUAUUCUUAGGAAAGAUUUAAAUUUUCAUGUCUUUUUGGAGUACAAUCAGGAUCUAAGUGUACGAGGAAAAAACAAGAAAGAAAAAUUAGAAGACUUCUUCAAGAGCGUGGUAAAAUCAGCUGAUGGUGUAAUUGUUUCUAGUACUAAGGAUGUUGAUGAUUUCUUUGACCAUGAGAGGACUUUCCUUGUGGAAUACCACAACCGAGUGAAGGAUGCAAGUGCCAAGUCUGACAAGAUGACUCGAUCUCACAAAUGUACUGCAGAUGACUACAACAGAAUAGGCUCAUCUAUGUAUGCACUGGGCACUCAGGACAACACUGAUAUAUGCAAAUUUUUUCUACGAGUGUCUGAAUUAUUUGACAAAACGCGUAAAAUUGAAGCCCGGGUGUCAGCUGACGAAGACCUCAAGCUUUCUGACCUCCUAAAAUAUUAUCUAAGAGAAUCACAAGCUGCUAAGGAUCUCCUUUAUAGACGAUCUCGUUCUUUGGUGGAUUAUGAAAAUGCUAAUAAAGCAUUAGACAAAGCCCGAGCCAAGAAUAAGGAUGUUUUAACGGCUGAAACCACACAGCAGUUAUGCUGUCAGAAGUUUGAGAAGAUAUCAGAAUCUGCAAAACAAGAACUUACGGACUUUAAAACAAGAAGAGUGGCUGCUUUUCGGAAGAAUCUUGUAGAACUGGCUGAACUGGAAUUAAAGCAUGCCAAGCAGAUCUUCAAAACAAGUAGUACAGAAGUUGUAAGACAAAUUACAGACAAAAGCAACACACUGAUUGUGCAGAACACAUCACUAGAAAAGUCUAUUUACAGCAAACAAGUCUCUGUAAACAUGGGCAAUUUACAGCUGUUGCAAAGCUGCUUGGCCGUGUUAAACGGUAAACCGUGAAGCACAGUCCCGUCCAUCCUUCCUUUCCUCCUAUAAAAAAAAAAAUAGGCCCUCCUUCCACGUCCUAAAGCUGCCACGACUUUAUGGAUUGGAUUUAAUGGGUAUUCUUAGCUCACCUGAGGAUGAACUAAUGCACAGUACAUGGGCUGUCUCCGUGAAUGAAGCAACAGUGUGCUUCGGAGCCCACACUUGUAUCCACUUGUAUCUUUAUUUAGUUAUCGUAUGCUCUUUCAUACUUCACAGAUUAAAACAAAAUUACCAUUUUUUUGGUGAAAAUAGUCAAUUAAAGGCUUUUCUUGUUAUGAACUGUAUUACAUAAUGCUGCCAAUCAUAUUUACAUAUGAAUAUUAAUCUUGGAUGAUAUUCAACAUUCACGGUUCGAAAGGAUUUAAUAUUGUCAUUAGUUGUUUGCGUCUUAUGUAUUGUCCAAGUUUCAUGUAACGAUUUUUUUAAACAUCUCAUUUCUUGAUUUACUGAACUAUAUUUUUUUUUAUCAAACAUUUCUUAGAUAUUCCAUAGCGCUCAAAUUUAUCUUUUUAAAUUUAAGUUCCUAAAGCUAAUGCAUCAAUAUGUUUGCCUUAACUUGUAGACUUCUCAAAUAUUGUAAAAUAAACUGUGAAUCCAAUGAUUUUUAA